CAGCACUUCGGAGAUCCCACUCUUGGCUCGAUGGGAACGACCACCCUCAAUCCAAGCACCCUGCGACUUCAGACGAGGAAGAGCUACUGGACGCGAAUCAAUCGGUGAACUCAAAGACACGCUGUCUGUCCGGGAAAGGCGAAGAUACACAUUAUGGCCGGAGGUAGAGAACUGACGAUAUAUGCGAUUGACGUGUCUCCAUCGAUGUCCGAGAAAAGGACGGCCGAUGAUCCGAGUACAGGCGCAACCACUUCGGUGACCAACUUGGAAUAUGGCUUGGAGGUGGUCAAGCAUCAAGUGGCAAACAUGCUUCUCGCAGGCUUGAAGACUGUCCACUGUGGAGUCGUCCUCUUCGGAACAGAACGCACCGACAACUCGUUGGCCAGCAGUGGAUAUGAAUACAUUUGGGAGUAUGUCCGUCCAGGACAGCCUAGUGCUAUCACCCUUUUGCACAUCAAUAAAAUCGAGCAGCAUUUGACUACAUCGGAGAAACCAUUCAAAGGAGACCUCUUAUCAGCCAUCAUUCUAUGUAAUCAUCAUAUGGGCGAGACUCUAGCGGCCAAGAAGUGGACUCGAAAAAUCGUCUUGGUCACUGAUGCUCAAACCGAAACUGAUUGGAGCGGAUGGAAGGACCAAAGAGACAAAAUGAGGGCGGAUAAUGUCACACUGGAGGUUGUGGGCCUUGACUUUGACGAUCCGGAAGUGGGUUAUAUCCAGCCCAACAAGCCAGAAAUCAAGGCCACCAAUGAAAAAAUACUUCACAAGCUAUGCAGAAGUCUUGCAAAUGCCUCUAGCUGUUCGACCGCCCUGGUAGCCGUGAUGAACGCCCAGUCUCCCCAGCCACGUGUCGUGGGUAGCACCCCGGCUCCAGUGUUACUGUCUCUGGGCUAUCCUGACCAAGAGACUGCAGCAGCGGAAGGCUAUGAUCCGCAAGAGAGCCUGUUCAUGCGGUGUGAAUUGCGGAAAUGCACGUCGAUCAUCAGGCCGAUGUCAGCCAAGAAGAUGAGCAAGCUUGGGAUUUCGAGCGAGCUUGACCGGAGGCGGAAGGACUUGGAUGCCAUGGAUGCAGGCGCAGAGAUGCAACAAUACCUGCCCGCGGACAAGGACAAUCAAGAUACGGAUGGCAUCCUUGGUCUGUUACAGGUCAAUCGGAAGCAUGUCUACGCCGCCAAGAAGAGCAAAGAUCCGCCCGCCAAAGCCGCUGGCCCCGACGACGACAGCGAUGACCUUGGCUUGGAAGACUCCAGUGAUGAAGAGCCAGGACUGCUCGAAGCCCGAGAGGUUGAUCGAGAAAACUUGGCCAAAGCGUACAAAUAUGGAGCCAGUUUGGUCGUUGUCGACAAAGAGGACGAAGCAGCGAUCCGGCAAUCUUUCUCGGAAUGUCUGGAAAUCAGAGGGUUUGUAAACCUCAAGAACAUCCCUCGCCAUCACCUCUUGAACAACGUUUAUUACCUCUAUCCUAUCGCAACUGAUUAUGGUAGUCAGAUCAGCUUCUCGGCAAUUGUCCGGGCGAUGAACGACGCGAAUCGGGCGGCUCUGGCCCGAUACGUUGGCCGAUCGGUUGUGGCGGAGCCUAAGUUAGUGAUUCUGAUUCCGGUGGUCGAGCCGACGAUCCGGUAUUUCCUAUUCAUCCAGGUCCCGUUCGUAGACGACUUGCGACAGUAUGCCUUUCCUCCUCUGCCGACGGGGCCGAUCCUGGGCAACAGAACAGUGAGAACACAGUAUGUGCCGACAGAUGAGAUGCAAGACGCAAUGGAUGAACUAGUAGACAAGAUGGAUCUAUCAGCGGAAGAAGGGUCGAAGACAGCGGAGUUGAGCGUUAUCUUUAGACUAGCCCACGCCUGGUCGAUGUCCUUGUGA